AGCUUCUGAACCCAUCUCUGAUCCAAAGUCUGGCACCUGCAUGCUGCGCUUCUUUUCUCCAAUCGACCUUCACAGAUAUCCUUGACGGCUCUGUGAACCCAUCAUCAAAGAAGCAACGGAAGCCCACAUCAUGUCCGGCAACACUCCAAGUAACGACGAUGAGGCACCGUCUUCGCAGACACCACAAGAAGAAUCGGGCGCUAUCGCACUGCAGAACGAAGCGGAUGCUAACCUGGAUCUCCUGCAAGCGGCCGUAAAAUCAGGCCUCAAUGGAUACAUCUAUCUUCUCUUGGUACGAAGAAUCACUCGCCCAAGCACCCCCAUCCCGUCCGAGAUCAGUGUCGACCAGCUCUCGACACAGCAGAUUCUUGACUUGCGGAGAAUCCGCGAGCACGACAUCAGAGAGGCAGACCUUUUGACCAACCUGCGCGAGUGCUACACAAGACAUUACCGCCGAUUGGCCGAGGGAGAACAGGCUUUGAGAUCUGCAAAAGGAAUUGUAGAUCCAGGCUUUUGGGAGCUGAUGAAAGGCCAUAUCCAAGAGCAUCAUGGUUUCAGCAGAUCGCUGCCUGCCCGCAUACAUCGCUUGAGGAGGAUUCAUGAGAACAGUUGA